CUUAACUUCCGCCACAUCAAUGAUGUAUUUUUGACAGAUGACGUCACUUCAGUGCGCCAAAAACUCAAAGAAGAGCGCGACUUCUUGCAACGGUAUACAGAAAUUCGCUAACCCAAAUCGUAUGGUAACUUGUGGACCAAAACUUUCGAUCACAUUAGUUCGCCUGCUAAAGGCGAACUCACCGAGUGGAUCUUUGUUCGCGUUCCUUGUUUAAGCCGGCAUGAACUCCGGACAGUCGCUCGCAGUGCCGCCGGAACUGGCUGCUGCCUGGGACGCUGUAACUGCGGCGUUGGUGUCCCCGGCGUCCUCCGGGGCUCUGUCCGAGGAGUCCCUCUCGAAGGCGCUGGCCUUGCUGUGCCGUCACAACCUGGGCCCCUGGGUGGAGGGCUGGCUCCUGGAGACCAUGCAGGUGCGGCUGACCUCGGCCGUGGCCCCUGAAUUCUGGGCGGGGCUGGAGCAGCCCGAGAAUGAGCUGGAGGAGAGGGACCGGGCCAGGAUCCUGCUCGGGGCCUUCCGCACCCUCCUGGCUCGACUCGAGCCUUUCCUAGGUGGGUUGGAGCAGCUGGGGGCCUGGCAGGAUGAGGGCAGAGGGGGUCUGUGCGGCCCCGGGGCCCCCGGGCUCAGGGAGAGGGCUUUUUCCGUCAUUCGCGCCAUCCUGCUCUUCUCCCCGUCGGCCGUGCUUCAGGAGCGCGUGCUGGAGUUCUACAGCCGGACCUUCGCCGUGCACAUGAGCCAGGAGGGGGAGGGCGGAGAGGGGGAGGGAGAGGGGCUCCCGGGGCCUGACGGGGCCCUCUGCCCAGGCUGCGCGGUCCCCCCGCAGCAGUGCUGGUGCCAGGAGGCCCUAGAGCAACUGCAGGAACUGAGCCACAUACUCUCCAGGCUGCAGCUCCUGGAGAGGGUGAGCUCGGAGGCGGUCACCUCCAUCCUGCACAGGCUGAUCGAGCAGAGGAUGGAGCGCCGCUGCCGGGGGGAGUAUGAGAGCUCCUUCCUCUCAGACUUCCAAGAGUGGCUGGAGCGGGUGCUGGGCUGGCUGAGCCGGGUGUUUGUGAGCGAGACGAGGGCGCCGUGUGGCACCAUGGCGCCCGAUGGCGCGGACAGCGGGGGGGCGGGUCACCCGGGCAACGCGGUCCUCCAGCGCUGGCGGUGUCACAUGCACCAGUUCUUCUGCAGGAUCUACGUUAACAUGCGGAUCGAGGAGCUGUUCAGCAUCAUCCGCGAUUUCCCAGAAUCAAAGCCUGCCAUCGAGGAUCUGAAAUUCUGUCUGGACAGAACCAGUCAGAGGCAACAGCUUCUCACGUCCCUGAAGUCCGCCUUUGAGACACGCCUGCUGCACCCAGGGGUGCACACAUCUGACAUCAUCACUGUCUACAUCUCUGCCAUCAAGGCCCUUCGUGAGCUGGACCCCUCCAUGGUCAUCCUGCAGGUGGCCUGUCAGCCCAUUCGCAAGUACCUGAGGACGCGGGAGGACACCGUGCGGCAGAUCGUCGCCAGCCUGACGGGGGACGCGGAGGGGUGCAGCGACCUGGCCAACGAGCUCUCCCGGGCUGACCCCGUAACCCUGGAGACGCAGGACAGCGAGGACGAGGGCAGCGACCCCGAGGAGUGGACCCCGGACCCCACAGAUGCCCUCACAGACAAGACGGGCUCCAAGCGACGCUCCUCUGACAUCAUCAGCCUUCUUGUCAGUAUAUAUGGCAGUAAGGAGAUCUUCAUCGAUGAAUACCGCACCGUCCUGGCGGACAGACUUCUGCACCAGCUCAACUACAACACGGCAAGGGAGAUCCGCAAUGUGGAGCUGCUAAAACUCAGAUUUGGGGAGUCCCACAUGCACUACUGUGAGGUCAUGCUGAAGGACGUGGCUGACUCGCGGCGCAUCAACGCCAACAUCCGCGAGGAGGAGUCGCGGCUGCCGGAGGAGGAGCAGCCGCCCCUGCUGCUGUCGGCCAUGAUCCUCUCCUCCGAGUUCUGGCCCCCGCUGAAGGAGGAGAAGAUGGAGCUGCCCCCGCUGGUGUCCCAGGCCAUGGAGGCCUACACGCACCGCUAUGAGAAGCUGAAGGCCAUGCGCACUCUGAGCUGGAAGCCUCACUUGGGCUCUGUGACCCUGGAUAUUGAGCUGGGGGAUCGAACCCUGACGAACCUGUCCGUGUCCCCCAUUCACGCCGCGAUCAUUCUGCACUUCCAGGACAAGAGCUGCUGGUCUCUGGAGGAGCUGAGCGGGGUGCUAGGCGUUCCUCAGGAGAUGGUGCGGCGGAAGCUGGCCCUGUGGCAGCAGCAGGGGGUGCUGAAGGAGGAGGCGGGGGGGCGCUACUCUGUGCUGGAGACGGGGGCGUCGCGGGAGCGGCCGGAGAGGGGGGUGCUGCUGAUCGACAGCGACGAGGAGGGCGACUCCAACACCACCACGCAGUCGGAGCAGAGGGAGGAGAAACUGCAGCUUUUCUGGGCCUACAUCCAAGCCAUGCUGACCAACCUGGAGACCAUGACCCUGGAGCGCAUCCACUCCAUGCUGCGCAUGUUCGUGGCCACGGGGCCCGUGGUGACCGAGAUGGACGUCAACGAGCUGCAGGCCUUCCUGCAGAGGAAAGUGCGAGACCACCAGCUCAUCGUGUCGGCCGGCGUCUACAGGCUGCCCAAGUCCAACCACUGAGAAGGAGGGAGAGAUGGAGGAGAUGAGGGAGGACAACAGGGCGGGGCCAGGAUCAGUCCUCCAGCUGAGGAGUGGGAUUUUUCUUCCCAUGGGGGAAGAAUGUAGACUCUCAUCAAAUGUCGAGCAUGCAAGGAGCGAGGGUUUCCUAGAAUGAGCACAAGACAAUGAGCAGACAGUGACAGUCAAGGAGAAGCGGCCUGGAAGUGGAAGACUUAGGGAGAGGACAUGAACACAGUGAAAAUGUACACGGGAUCCAAUGAAAAUGGGGAAGGGCAAGGUGUGUAACACUCCAAAACCUGUGAACUUCACAUCUCUCCAGUGGCUGCUAUUUAUCCUCUGGUGUCCUUUACAUUGAGUAAUUGGAACACUCACGAUAACAUCCCCUGGAAGGUCUCCUCUCCCCUUGACAGUGGUAUUUUGUCUUCAUUGCUAGCCAGCUGUGGCCCAAGCCACUGGGGUUAGCUUGCUCACCUUCCCCACGUUUCAGACUGAUCGUUAUUCAUUGAAUUUUUCUACAAAAUUAAAAAA